AUAGUGCUCUUCUCUCUUCUUCUCUACACUCUUUCCCUCUUCGUCCUUGUCCUCCUACAUAUGCCAACAAACUACGUUAUCUGUUCACUCAAUCACGCUUAGUUUCGACCAUGCCCAAUCUCAUUCUCUUUUGUCUCACUGACGGAGAACCCACGUCGAGGGCGUUUUCAGUUUCGAUACCACCUACGGAAACCAUCAGUAACCUCAAGAAUCUCAUCAAAGCCAAGAAGACUGUCGCUUUUGCUGAUGUCGCAGCAGAUGUGCUCAUAGUCUGGCGUGUCUCGGUUCCUGUCAUCGCUGCCAACGUCCGCAAUGCGGUCUUCCUGAACGGGAUCGAUUCCAGGACAGAGCUCAGCCCAAAAGACGACGUCUCUGAUGUCUUUCCAGACACACCAGCCAAGAAAACAAUUCACAUAAUUGUUCAGCGGCCACCAGGUAAUACAUCGCGAGUUACAUUCCUAAUGGUGCAUGGACUUGGAUUUGCCCGCUGUAUCUGUUUUUUUUGUGCGAAAUACUGAUUCUUGACCUAAUCUUUUCUUGUCGCUUUUCCUGCUCUUCUUGUAAUUCAAUAUACAGACCUUAUAUCAGAGCGCCAGUUCGUGCAACGUGUUUUGGAACCUGUUACC